AUGCUGCUCAAAUCUUUACUAACUUCCUUGGUAGGUUGUACCAUGGCUAGUUUGGCUAUUGCUGCAAACUCUACUGUCGCUACUAUUGAAGUCACAGGUAACGCUUUCUUCAAUAGUGAUACGGGUGAUAGAUUCUAUAUAAGAGGUGUAGACUACCAGCCUGGUGGUUCUUCAAAUCUUACUGAUCCCUUAGCAGACACUAACGUUUGUCUAAGAGAUUUGCCAUAUUUCCAAAAGUUAGGUAUUAAUACAGUUCGUGUCUACACUGUAGACAAUUCUUUAAGUCAUGACGACUGUAUGAAUGCAUUUGCUGAUGCAGGUAUCUAUCUUAUCUUAGAUGUCAACACUCCAGAUGCUUCUAUUAAUAGAAAUAGUCCUGCUUGUUCUUACAAUGCAGCCUAUUUACAAAAUGUCUUUGCAACCAUCGAUGCUUUUGCUAAUUAUACAAACGUUCUUGGGUUUUUCGCCGGUAAUGAAGUCAUCAACGAUUCAAACAAUACAAAUGCUGCUACGUACGUUAAAGCUGUCGUUAGAGAUAUGAAAAAUUACAUCAAGGCAAGAAAUUACAGAACAAUCCCAGUCGGUUACAGUGCCGCAGAUAUCGUCUCCAACAGAGUCCUCAUUGCAGAAUAUUUGAAUUGUGGUAACGAUUCCAUGGCUAGACUCGACAUGUUCGGCGUUAAUGACUAUUCAUGGUGUGGUCAUUCUUCAUUUACCGUUAGUGGUUGGAGUGAAAAAGUUAAAUUGUACGAUGGUUAUUCCAAGCCAAUGUUCUUGAGUGAAUUCGGUUGUAAUGAAGUCGUUGAUUCAAGACCAUUCACUGAAAUUGAAGCCCUUUAUAACGUUGAAAUGACCUCCGUCUUUAGCGGUGGAUUAGUCUACGAAUAUACAAACGAGACUAACAAUUAUGGUCUGGUCCAAAUUGAUAAUGAAAAUAACACCGUUACUGAAUUACAAGAUUUCAUUAAUUUGCAAAGUGAAUAUAAUAAGACUUCUAAUCCAACCGGUGAUGGUGGUUAUUCCAAAUCAAGUGACUAUUCCACAUGUCCAACUUAUGAAGCUGGUGUUUGGGAAGCUAAUAAUACAUUACCUGAAAUGCCAACUGCUGCAUCAGCUUAUUUCAAGAGUGGUGCUGGUGAACCAAUGGGUACUAUCUUGUCGACCGAAGGUGAUUGCGAUGCCGAAUACGAUUUGGAAAUUUCUUCCUCUGUGGAAGCUACAUCUUCAUCUGAAGUCAGCACGAGCUCUAUUGAAUCUAAUAGUAGUAGUAUGACUACUGCUACAUCUACUACUACUUCUUCAAGUAAAUCAAAAGAUUCGGGCAACUUGAAUAUUCAAGUUCCAACAAUUUUCAAAAUUGUCAAUGAAAUCAUGAAUUAUAUUAUAUAG